AUGGCCGUCAAGGCGCUUGUCCGCCCCAAUACCGACCCAUCGCGCACCGUCAAGCUUCGCAACGCCGGCGUCACCAUCACACACGUUGAUCUCUCCGCCGUACCCGCCCUCACUCGUGAAUUGACCGGAGCUGUCUGUGUCGUCUCGACCCUCCAAGGAACAAGAGAUGUCAUCCAAACCGUCCAAGGGAAGCUCUUGGAGGCCUCUGUGGCCGCUAAGGUGCCCCGAUUCAUCCCUUCGGACUUCUCACUCGAUUUCACCAAAACCAAGCCAGGAUCCAACCGCAACCUGGAUCUGCGUCGCCAGUUUCACACCCAACUGAAGAAAUCCGGCAUUACAUGGACCAGCAUUCUCAAUGGCGGUUUCAUGGAUCUCAUGGUCGGUGACUCUCCGAUGAUCAAUCAUAAGAGCCACAAAGUCGCUUAUAUCGGCUCAACGGACCAACUGCUUGAUUUCACCACUAUGGUCGACACGGCCGCGUACACUGCCGCUGUGGCUGUGGACUCGAAACCGGCGCCUAAUUUCCUUUGUAUCGCUAGCGACACGGUCACUAUAAAGGAUAUUGCUCAGGCACAGAGCAAUGUUGAGGGCGUCACAUACAAGCCCUCGUGGAUGGGUACAGUGGGUUCAACAGAGAUGUUGAUUCGCGUAAUGCGCUUCUUUGGAGGCGAGAAUGACGUGUUCCCGGCCUGGCAGGGCUUGCAGUACAUGGUGAACAUGUUUUCUGGUGCUGGAAAGCUCGGCCCGCUGGACAACAACCGAUACCCUGAUCUGAAGUGGACCAAGGUUGAGGAUUUCUUCCGGGAGCACAAGGUCAACGAAUGA